GCGGGGCUCGGCGGAGCUAUGCCGGCGGCCACGGCGCCGGGGCUGGACGUGCCGGGGACCGCCGCGCCCGGGCGGGACGGCGGCGGCCCCCACCAACACACGGGGCAGUGCAGCCGCAUCCUCCCGCCGCAGCUGGGCACGCUGCAGGUCCUGCACGGCAAUGGCACGGCCCUGGGGACGGUGGUGACGUUCCAGUGCUCUGCUGAGCACCAGCUGGAGGGCCCGGCAGUCAUCACCUGCGUCUGGAGAGGGACUGGUGCCCAGUGGACCGCCGGAGUGCCCUCCUGCAAGGCUGUAUCGAGAUACGAGACUUUUGGCUUUAAGGUCGCAGUGAUUGCCUCCAUCGUGAGCUGUGCCAUCAUUCUGCUGAUGUCCAUGGCUUUUCUAACUUGUUGUCUUAUCAAGUGUGUGAAGAAAAGUGAAAGGAAGAGGACUCAAAGAGAUAUGCAGCUGUGGUACCAGCUCAGAACGGAGGAGCUAGAGCACAUGCAAGCUGCUUACUUUGGUUUUAAGGGAAGAAACAACAACAACAGCAAUAAGAAACUCAGGAAUCAAUCCGUAUUCGAUGAUGUGACCACGAUGGCAUACGACAACCAGGGCUUCUACAGGUUCCAGGAGGAGUGGACUCGGGACACCAUGGCUCCUGGGUGCUGCCCGGUCAGGGAGGACGUGCCGCGGUUGCCCAGGAGCAGCAGCACCACGGUGGGACCCUACACGGUACCGGGAGGCACGGCCGGACCCACGGGGAGCUCCGUGCACGUCGUCGAGGUCUAUGGACAGAAGGACAAGCAUAACAAACCCAACUGGCAGAUACCUGGGUAGCUGGUGUCUGAGGUAUGGUCACUCCCCUGGACCAAAAUGAAAUUUGAACAGAAAUAUGUGCCUUAAAGACAACUUGGAAAGUUAAUUAUUCACAUGCAUUGGAAGGUUUUCUAUAGUCCAAGGUGGUGGUUUGACAGAAAGGUCUGAUACAAAUAAAGAAAUGAAUGCUGGGGCUGGCA